AGAGAGAGAGAGUGAGAGAGAUGACAGGAGAGCGAGAGAGAGGAAGGUGAGAGAAGAGCAGGGGAGAUUGAGAGAGACAGACUCAGCUUCCAACCACCGAGACCAAGCGCCUGGAAGAUAAAUGAAAGCAGCGAGAAGCGUGUAGCAAGUCAACCAGCGAGUCUGCGGCUGCUCCGCCCGGGAGCGCGGGGGAAGCGGCCAAGUUCAGCCGGGAGCCGUGCACGGAUGAUGGGCUGAGCUCCGCCCCGGGGGGCACAUCUGUCAAAGCGGGGAAUCCGGCGGGCGGGCCACCCCUUCACCAAGGGGACCCACAAGACCCCCCUUUACCCAGCACUUUCACUACUCCGGCUCUCCCUGUGCCCUCCGACUAAAAAGGGAGGGAAGUAACAGAAGGAGAGAGAGCAGGGUAGCCGAACGAAAGGGAGGGAGAGGGGAAAAAGGACUUUGACGAAGGACAUUGCCCCCCACUCUGUUCAGCGCCCUCCCCCUUUCCAGCUUGGAAGUGUCUCACAUCCAGAGCGCCGUCACUGUGCUGAAGCGGAGCGGAGUGGAGUCUUACCGCCGCCGGGAGACACGCAGGAGUCCGGCGCUGCCGAACCGCUUGUGCUUUUACGGACUUGGAUCAGGCGCCCAGCGCAGGAAGGGAAGGAGGAGAGAAACUCCGGGGACGCACAGGAUUAAGACACCGAUGCGGAAGAACUGAGCGGAGACCCAAACCAUGGCUGGAAAGAAGGGCUUUGACAGAAUGGUAGAUUACAUCAGCAAAGUCAUGUUGCCAACGGCUACCUCAUGCUGGCAACCGUUCCUUGGGCUAGCCCUGGUGGUCAUCCUCGUCGGUUCUGCUGUGGGCUGCCCGGCCCGCUGUGAGUGCUCCGCCCAGGCCAAGUCCGUCAACUGCCACCGGAAACGCUUCCUGACUAUCCCCGAGGGCAUCCCCAUUGAGACACGUGUUCUGGACCUCAGCAAGAACAAGCUGCGGAGCGUCAACCCUGACAACUUCUCCUCCUACCCCCAGCUGGAGGAGCUGGACCUUAGUGGCAACCUUAUCGGCCAAGUGGAACCCGGGGCCUUCAAUGCCCUGGUCAACAUGCACUCACUCAGCCUGAAGAGUAACCGUAUCUAUCUCAUUCCCAUGGGUGUCUUCUCAGGCUUGUCCAAUCUAACACUGCUGGACAUCAGCGACAACAAGAUCGUGAUCCUGCUAGAUUACAUGUUCCAGGACUUGCGCAACCUGAAGUCCCUUGAAGUGGGUGAUAAUGACUUGGUCUACAUCUCACACCGGGCGUUUAGUGGUCUUGUGAGCCUAGAGACACUGACCCUGGAGAGAUGCAACCUGACGGUGGUGCCCACUGAAGCCUUGUCUCAUCUUCAUGCCCUGGUCAGCCUCCAUCUGAGGCAGCUUAGUAUCAGCACUCUCCAUCCAUACUCCUUCAAGAAACUGUUCCGCUUGCGGCACCUGGAGAUCGAUAGCUGGCUCUCAUUGGAUGUGGUUCCACCUAAUACGCUGCACGGUCUCAACCUCACCACACUCUCGAUCACAAACACCAACUUGUCUGCCUUUCCUUACCAGCCCCUGAGGCACAUGUCCUACCUGACGCACCUCAACCUGUCCUUCAGCCGUAUUGAGCAAAUCGAGGGUGGAAUGCUGCGGGAGCUGGUGCGCCUACGUGAGUUACGCCUAAUGGGAGCCCGGCUGGCCACUGUGGAGCCACACGCCUUCCAGGGCAUGAAGUCUCUCCGGAUCCUCAACAUCUCGCGCAACCAGCUAGAGACUCUGGAGAGAAUUUCCUUCCAGGAUCCAGAGGUCCUGGAGAUGCUUCUGAUCGAUGGAAACCCACUGGUGUGCGACUGCCGCCUCACAUGGAUCCUGAGGAGGCGGCGCUCCCUGCGUUUCGGAAACGUCCAGCCCGAGUGCGCCAGCCCUGAGGCCAUCCGGGGUCAACCCCUCAAGGAGCUGGAAGAGCCGCUGCUCUCUCGCUAUGUCACAUGUACCGAGCCGAAGAUCUUGGAGGAGCACGUGGAGCUUUUUCUGGUGGAUGAGGGGCAACCGUCGCUGCUCCACUGCAGUGCAGAAGGAUCGCCCCGGCCCAUCAUCUCCUGGCUCACCCCCCGCCGGCGCCUGAUUACUGAGAAGACCAAUGGCCGGGUGAUCGUGCACCCCAAUGGCACGCUGGAGAUUAAGGUGUCGGAGGUGCACGACAGCGGCGUCUACACCUGCGUGGCAAGCAAUGCCGCCGGCAACGAUACGAUGUCAGUCUCACUGGCUGUGAAAAGCCUCGGCAUCAGCGACAGGUCACUUUACGCUAACAGGACCCAUCAAUAUUACACAGACCCCAACAGCACAGCAUCCAAUGGGACUGGCUCUCACAAUGUACCAUUUGGCCUUGACCUCAAGACCAUCCUGGUGUCUACGGCAAUGGGCUGCUUCACCUUCCUGGGCGUGGUCCUCUUCUGCUUCCUGCUUCUCUUCGUGUGGAGCCGUGGCAAAGGCAAGCAUAAAAACAACAUUGACAUCGAGUACGUGCCCCGGAAAGUGGCUGGGGUACCGGUAGACCCUCCAGAGACUAGCGGGCCACGGCGGGUGAACAUGAAAAUGAUUUAAUGCCUCUGUUAGCCAGCCUGGGAGUACUGGCAAAGGCAGGGAAGGACUUGCUAUCAAGCAAGGAGCCACCCCAAAGCCAAAUGCUAAGCUGGGGCCGCUCAUAUCACCCUCUGUGGAUUCUAAUGAACCAGACCAGCGACAACCAGGGUUCUGCUUGGAACUGAAGCAACAGGUGUCCUAUAUGGAGUUCAUUGGUUUAUUUUAUUUUAUUUUUUGUUUUUUUGUAACACCCACACUGAAUCCUACAGUACAGACCUGGCUUCAAAGGACACUCCAGAACCCUGUACAGUAUAACUUUCUAUCUAAAGAAACUGUAUUUGUUAAGUCUUGCAUCAUACUUACUCACAGCAACAGCAGUAAUUUAGCAUAAGCAUAGGCUUCAUAUAUAUACUUAAUUCUGUAUUACGAAUAUGUAUGUAUGCCUAUGUUGCGUCUUUUUUAAAGCAAUAUACAUGCGACCCCCGUUUUGAUUAAAUUGACCGUUCUUUCAAAGGGGCCUCACUGUUACUCGUCAUCAGUAACUCCAUGUCAGGAAAGGGCUUUGACACAAAUCCAACUCUGUUUAUGCAGGAUCCAAGAAUAUUUGGAAUUGCUGAGGAGAUUCCUCCAAAACAUGCAAGCGGCAACAGUGAUAUUUUUUUCAAUCCCAGUGACAGAAGCAUUAUAAUAAAUUAAAUCAUGUUCUAAGAACAAAAAAGCAAAAAAAAAAAAAUUGUGAUUCUAAACCACAUUUAUUGAUAGUGUAUAAAUAUAUAUACACAUAUUCUUAUUUUUAAUUAACUUAUGAAUCAACUUUAGUUAUUUUAUCAGGGUAAAUUCAACUAUAUUUCUCCAUGUUUCUGCUGUGAGCUGCCGUUAAUUUCCUGGUCAAAAGUUUGAAAUUUGUUGUGGUAGUUUCUCAUUUUUGUUCAUAUCAUCCAUAUUGUGAAAAGUAACAGGAAAAAAAAAUGUAUGUAUGUGGAAUAAAGAAUAUCUAUUUGUUUUGGUUCAUAUUUGUGGAUUUGGGCCAAAGCAAAACCAAA